CGCCUUCCUCCUCCUCCGCCGCCGCCGCCGCCGGGAGCCCGCAGAGGGCUCGCCCCGCCGCCCGCAGCCAUGUCCAAGCCGCCGCCGCCCAAGCCGGCCAAGCCAGGGCAGGUUAAAGUGUUCAGAGCCCUGUAUACGUUUGAACCCAGAACACCAGAUGAACUGUACUUUGAAGAAGGAGAUAUCAUUUACAUCUCAGACAUGAGUGAUACAAACUGGUGGAAAGGAACUUGCAAAGGGAGAACUGGACUAAUUCCAAGCAACUAUGUGGCUGAGCAAGCUGAAUCUAUUGAUAAUCCAUUGCAUGAAGCUGCCAAGCGAGGCAAUCUAAGCUGGUUGAGAGAAUGUUUGGAUAACCGAGUUGGGGUCAAUGGCUUAGACAAAGCUGGAAACACAGCUCUGUACUGGGCAUGCCACGGAGGCCACAAAGAUAUAGUGGAUGUUCUGUUUACCCAAGCAAACCUAGAGCUAAACCAACAGAACAAAUUGGGAGACACAGCUUUGCAUGCUGCUGCAUGGAAAGGUUAUGCAGAUAUUGUAGAGAUGCUGCUGGCAAAGGGGGCAAGAACAGAUCUGAAGAACAACGAGAAGAAACUGGCUUUAGACAUGGCAACCAAUGCAGCUUGUGCUUCACUGCUUAAGAAGAAACAGAGUGCAGGUACAGUCCGAACAUUAAGUAAUGCGGAGGAAUACCUCGAUGAUGAAGACUCCGAUUAGCUUUUUUCAUUCAGCCUGAAGAACUGUAACCUAUGCUAUUUCCAAAGUGUAUCUCUAAAACUGUAAAAUUAUCUUACUUAAAGUAUUGCAGUCUUCCUAUAUAGCUUUCCAAGGGAGCAAUCUUCAUGUGUAUCAGAAGAUGCCACAUUAUAAGUCAGAGUUCCUUUGGGAUUAUCUGACAGGGGAUGCGUGGCUUAGCCUUUCCUUUCUUAUCUCUUGAAUGGGCAGAGGGGACAGUCUUUUGAACUCACAGUUUUCAUCUCAGGCCUUCCCAGCAAGUGCCUUGCAUCUCUGGAAUACAAUCCUCAAAUUUGAAAGGUCCCUCUGGGACAGCAGGACACCAUUGCUAACAUUCCCCAAAGUACCCCUGGGUAUAGGUUCCAUUGUGCAGCAAGAUAAUACUGGCAGCGUCAGUACUAGCUGACAGGCGUGAAUGCAGAUGCUGCUAUAGAGCUCCAUGUGGAGCCGAUACAACAACAUAAGGUUUUGGAGGCUUGAGCCUAGGAGUGUUUUGUUGUUGUUGCUUGUUGGUUUUUUUUUUUUUUUUUUUUUUUUUUAAAUUUCCUAUUCAUCUCUCUCAGUGUAAGGGGUAGUAGGAUCUGGAUCUGUCCCUGGAUGCUUUUUCUUCUCUACUGCUGUGGGCCCAAUCCCUGAAAUAUAAACUCAGGUGAAAUAAUUGCUUAAGUCAGUUUUGCUUCAGAAAUACACUUAAUUUUGGACUUAGUGACUUGAUUAUUUUGCUUUUGAAAUGCAUUCUGUUGAAGCAAUUCAUAGUGAAAAGAAGGCUGAAUAUUUUUCUAUUUAUCCUGCCUACAUUUUUUUUUACUGAUCUCUUGCUUUUAUUUUUUAAGUGUUCUUAUAUUUGUCCUAAAUUACCUCAAAGCUUGAGUGUUUUUGAAGGAAUGAGGGAAAAGAUGUAUAUCUUUGAAAGAGGUAUGUGAAUAAACAUUUUUAAAAUGUGUGGUUUCUUCCUGUGAAUUAAAGACAGCUAAGAAUUUGAGCCACUUUAAAGCUUUCCUGCAGAGUUAAAGAAAUAUUUCAUUCAGAUUGCUGAAAUAGCUUCAGCCAAAGACUAUACCCUACUGAGGAGUACUUGUGAUGGUUGGAGAGUUUGGCAAGUAUUUGUAAUAGAGUCUUAAUUUUGAAAUUUUUUGGCUAAGUUUGCUGUUAGCAACUUUGACAGAUUCAGUCCAAUAUGAAAUACUCUGUGAUAAUUAAAAAAUAAUAAUAAUAAUUGUGAAAGGUAGGGUAAAAAUGAAAAUUGGUAUUUUAGAAAUUAAAAGUAGCUCUAGACCAUUGAACCAGAUACUCGUAUUUUUAUUAUCCUGGAAAGAACUAAAUACAGAUAAAGGUUUUCAAAUGAAUGCCUUCCAAAGAAGGCAGCUUUAGAUUUACCAGAACAAUGCAAGACUGAGGCAUUGCACAAAUCUGCAGAUAGUUUCCUCUGCUGUUAGUGACCUGGUCUCAAAAGAAGGAUUUGAAGAGUCAAAACAUUUUAAUUCUGAACUGUUUAAACAAUAAACCUGUAAAACAAGUGUUCUAGCCCUGUAAAAUGCUGUGAUCAGCUGAACAAUAGUACUUUAUUUUGUGUGAACUAAAAGUGAAAAUCCUGGGGAGGGGGGGAGAGAAGAAAAAGCAAAGCCACCAAGUUUUUCUCUCCCAUCUUUCAUUAAAACAGUUGUUGAGAGUGACUCAGAGGCAGAGUUGAGAGGCAGAGACUGUCCUGCCUCACAUUUUGUCGGCUAGAUAUUUUUACUAGCUAAAACUUAACACAUUCAGCCCACGUGUUGUGCUGAAUGCUGUUGAUUAACAUCAUGCAAUUUCACAGUGCAAGCAAAAGAGCUGUACAAAGAAGCUAGAGAAAGAAGGUGGUUCGUAUGUCUGUUAAACGAGUCUUGUUUCCUGCAUAAAUGAAGCUCACAGGGUGCCAUGGAACACGGAGGGAAUGGCUUUUCCCCAAGAUUACUGUUUGCCUAUCAAAGUUUUGUGGCAGAGUUUGUAUUAAUAACUCUAAUCUGAUGUCCUCUGAUGCCAUAGGUUCAACAUCCUGAACGUUAAUUGCAGCUUUGAAUUAAAAAAUGUUAUGUUAUACUCACUUUUGUGGAAUUAAUGGCUGCCAGAAGACUGGCUCUUUUCAACUUGUAUUCUACAGGCAAGUCGAGAUGCUGUAAGGGAAUACUGGUGACAGAAACACAAGUUAGGCCCCUGAAGUAUUCCUGUUAAGUCGUUACUGGAAUGUCCUGAAGGGGAAAUGCAUCACAAGGCAGCUUAAUGCUUUAAUCAAUUUCUGUGAUGAAAAUUACUGCUAAUUUUUCAAAACUUCAUUUUUCCUCAUGCAUCUUCCUCCUCACUGUGUAAGAUAGAAAUCACUGUGAAAAAUUCAGGCAAUAAAUGACUUCUUGCCUA